AUGGCCAGAUUCACGCAGACUGAAACAAGAAGGCAGCACCAUCCACAGCAGCCCCAACCCGCUCACUCCAGCCUGGUUUUCACUGGACCGGGGGCACCACCGACCCAACAACCACUACUACUUAUCCCACAUCAGCGCCAGUACCCUCAGAUCACAUUUCCGAAACCCAUGAACGGGUCAGAACCCAUUUCAAUUCAUCCGGAGAGCGGCAACAUGAAAGACCAAGAUGCCAUUAAGCUGUUUAUCGGGCAGAUACCGCGGAACUUGGAAGAAAAAGACCUGAAACCCCUGUUUGAACAGUUUGGUAAAAUCCACGAGCUGACAGUUCUCAAGGACCGAUACACCGGCAUGCACAAAGGUUGUGCAUUCCUCACCUACUGCGCCCGGGAGUCGGCCAUCAAAGCCCAGAACGCCCUCCAUGAACAGAAAACACUGCCAGGGAUGACUCGCCCCAUCCAGGUGAAACCAGCUGACAGCGAGAGCCGUGGAGGUACAAACUGCUGUUCCCAGCCCUUUUCUCACAGGAAGUUGUUUGUCGGGAUGCUGAACAAACAACAGACUGAGGAGGAUGUUUACCGCCUCUUCGAGCCCUACGGAGUCAUCGAGGAGUGCACAGUCCUAAGAGGUCCUGACGGCAACAGCAAAGGUUGUGCCUUUGUCAAGUUCUCCACACAUACUGAGGCUCAGUCUGCAAUCAGUGCUCUACAUGGGAGCCAGACCAUGCCAGGUGCUUCCUCCAGCUUGGUGGUCAAGUUUGCCGACACAGACAAGGAGCGCACCAUCAGACGUAUGCAGCAGAUGGUUGGCCAGUUUGGCAUCUUCAACCCAGCCAUCGCCCUUCCCUUCAGCACCUACAGCUCUUACGCACAUGCGCUCAUGCAGCAGCAGGCAGCCAUCAUGGCAGCAAGCCACGGAGGUUACCUCACGCCAAGUGUGGCUUUCCCUGCCACACAGAUCCACCAGAUGGGGGCGCUCAACAUCAACAGCCUGCCACCCACUCCCAUGACCCCGGUGUCGGGUGAUUCUCCACCAGCCAACAUCACCACCUCUGCCGUGCCCAGCAUUGUCACACCCAUCGUCAACGGAUUCACUGGCAUCCCUCAUCAGCCCAACGGACACCCAGCCGUGGAGACUGUGUACACCAACGGCCUGCCACCCUACUCCACCCAGAGCCCCACCGCUGCUGACACCCUCCAGCAAGCCUUCACCGGAGUACAACAAUACACAGGUGAGAGCCAAGGAAUGCUUUCUAUCUACCCCGCCACCACGCUGACUCCCAUUGGCCAGACACUGCCCCAACCACCCCAGGUCAUCCAGCAGCAGCAGCAGAGAGAAGGUCCGGAGGGUUGUAACCUAUUCAUCUACCACCUGCCACAGGAGUUUGGAGACAAUGAACUCAUGCAGAUGUUUUUGCCCUUCGGCACCGUCAUUUCCUCUAAAGUCUUCAUGGACCGGGCAACUAACCAGAGCAAGUGCUUCGGUUUUGUGAGCUUCGACAACCCUGCUAGCGCACAGGCAGCUAUUCAAGCCAUGAAUGGCUUUCAGAUUGGGAUGAAGAGGUUGAAAGUCCAGCUAAAGAGACCGAAGGAUGCCAGCCGCCCUUACUGA